AGUAAGUCUCCCGGUCGUCAAGACCGGUUGUAUUGUGUCCGCUUUGGAAAUUAGCGGUGGGAAUAUUUGAUCUCACGGUAAAAGUGAAAGGGAAUUUUAUUCAAAACAACCGACGGACAUGGAGGUCAGCGCCGAGGCCAAGAGGAUCAUGGUAGUGGCUCUAGGGAAACUCUACAGCUCCAGGACCCAGCGUGGAGGUCUGAGACUACACCGCAGCCUGCUGCUGACUCUGGUCAUGAAGUCCGCCCGGGACAUUUAUCACGAGGCCCAGGUCCAAACAGAAAGUGUUGUUAACGAAUGUCAACAACCACCACCAACACAACAGUCCGUUACCCAAGGAACAACGGAGGCCAGUCGUGUGGACCUCUUGGGCCCUGCUCUGUUGACCCACGAAAACCCUCUCAUGUUAUCCGUGGGAGAUAAGGAAGAGGAAAAGCAGGAGAGAGCCGGAGCUCAAAACAAGGAGAACCAGUGUCCCAACGGCUCAGCCCAACAGUCCAGGAAAAGACGCGGCAGAGAGGCAGCAGAGCCGGACUUUUUGCCUUGUAAAAAGGCAAAACUGGAACAAGGAAACUGCCUUCAUCAGCUGACCGUUACUCCGGUUUUAAUGGACUACAUGAAGUGCAGCAGUGAACUGGCAGCGCACCCAUCCCCCACCAUGACUCUACACAGAGCGGUCGCGGCGUGUUGAACACACUUCACUUCAGCUUCGCUGUGAAACACUUCACGGGGAAUUGAACUUUCUUACCCGGUCCAGGGUAGACCUGGUCGCGUCAGCAGCGGGUCCUGGUCUCGAGAGACGGAGGAUUCCGCACCCAGGGCCACAAGACAUGGCUGCCAACAGGCCCGGACAUGUUCCAGGAAUCACGGAAGUCGACGUGAAGUCGUGCUAGGAACUUUUGGCCUGUAAAAAGGCUCCACCGCAGUGAACUGUGGGAGCUGCUCCGGGUUAUCGCCACAAACACGGGUUCAAUUCAAAGAACCUGGUCUUAAAUAAACACCAAUUGUGAUCUCGAACAUAUCUGUGAGCACGAGUGCAAUUGUCACAUUGUGAGUGUGUAGAAGCUGAAAUGCUUCCUGGAGGAGAUGAUGAUGAUGAUGAUGGUCGAUGUGUUUUCAACAUUCAAUGACUACAACUACCUCAGUAUUUAUUAAAAAACACGUUUUAUAUUCAA